UUAUUAAAGACAUAAAUUUGGUAGAAAAAGAACUGAGUGUGCACGCUCCGUAAAAUUAAAAAAAAACACUCAAGGUAAAUUCUAGAAUUGGCACGGAUUGCUCAGCUCUCCCUGCUUAUUUGACAAUCCAACUCCAGUUCAUAUGUUUCAGUAUUGUGCAAUCGGGCAUUUGUUGCAAAUACACGAAAGGAGCAGAUAUUCCCAAGCACAUUAUGGCGAAAAAAAAUUUUCAGUGGUGAAGAUUUAGUAAAUAUUUAGAUAAUCACAUUCAGUUGAAACGGAAAAAAGUGAAAAAAAGAGAAUUGUGUAGAAAAAACAUAGCAUGGUUUUGCUAUCGGGAUUUUUCGCAUUCCUAGCGGAAAAGAACGUGAUACCAUGUCAUUGGGGACGACCCCCAGCUGCGUUAGCGUCAGUUGACGAUGAGUUUGUCUUUGCCUUCCCACCAGCAAAUGUUUGCUGCCUCGCGAUUUACUCACUGUCACUCCUUGUCUGGUACUUAGUCGAUGUGAUCGGAGAAGAGAAAGAUGGUGAAGGAGGUGGUGAAGAUGGAAGUGAACGUGGUAGUGAAGGUGGAGAACGGGAUGAUACUAGUCCGGAUGAUGCAGAAGAUGGGGCAGCAAAAGAACCAUCUGAUGACCAAGCUAGCUCAAAAUCGGAUGCUGACAAGGACGCGGAGAAAGGGCCAGAGUCAGGAUCACAGGAAGGACCAGGACCAGAGCCUGAACCAGGACCAGAGCCUGAACCAGAACCGGAAACACAACCUGAACCUGAACCAGAGACAGAGCCACAACCGGAACCUGAGCCACAACCACAACCAGAACCGGAACCUGAACCAGAACCUGAACCAGAACCAGAACCGGAACCUGAACAAGAGCCAGAAGAACCUGCGGGAGAACCAGAUGAAGUAGUCCUACUCGAAAGACCGGAAAAUGUAUCGAAGAUAUCAGACUAUAGAAUUCGAAAACCUUACGGAAACUAUCGCAUUCCCCGAUAUUCUGCAGAAAAAAUGACACCAUCGAAGAUCUUCCAAAGUAAACAUAAACUUUCUAAAGACGAGUCCAAAGUAUCAUUGGAGAAAGUGGUACCACAGAGAAUUUCCAUGGAAACAGUUCCAAGACAACCAGGAAUCAGGCCGUCUAUUCUUCGGCAGCCUUCGGAGAAAGACAAGGCAGGUGAAAUGCCUCCAAAGGAAGGAUCACGUCGCACUGUGCCUAGGUUUAAGACGAACCCGUCUGUGGUUACAUUUGGUGAAGAUGACCCACACGAGUUGGAGCUUAUGGUCAAUGCAUUGGAUACCAACAGGCAACGUAGAAGGUCUAGUAAUGUGAGUGAUGUGGAGAAGAGAUCUAGGCACGAUAGAGAGAGAAAAUCUGCUGGAUUGAAUGUACCGAAGAGUCGACUGAGCGAGAUGUCAGGCCGGGCUCCCAUAGCGACCGACAUGGCCGCCCAUUUGUCUUCGCACCAGCCGUUGAAUGUAUCAAAUGAUUUAACAUUGCACAAGCGCAAACCUCCAAUGGAUGACACUUCAACUAAGGUGUCGAAGACUCUGAAGCCUUCGAAGGCGAGCAAGACGGACGAUAGAAAAGAUCGAAGACGCUCAAGCUUAUCAUUGCAGCUACCAGCCGGCGAUGAGCGCCUUAAAGUUGGUAGUAGUACUGGGCCUAUGCAUCGUCACAGGGACAUUAGUGUUAUUACUCCGGUUAGUGUUAAGGAAACAUCGAACAGUUUGAGACAUAGUUCUCCAACUAAUCAUGAAAGUGGCCAUCGUAAGAAGAGGAAACACACUGAUUGCUCUUGCACGGAUGAUAAUACGUGCCAAAUGCAUAAACAUAAACAUAGGCGCGUGUAAGAUCGACCGGCAAUCUUCCAAAAUAUUUGACACUCUUAAAACCCUUCCAAUGUCCUGCAGUUAUGUGAGUUUCUUCCCUUUUUGUAACGAUAAUACCAUGCAAUUAUGGUUUGUAUGGAUUGAGGAGAGAAUCACGCGAAUUGAGUUCAUUUGGUAGUCCGUUACAUUCUUAAGUCAAGUUCGCCAUAUUGUACUGAAAAGGAGAUCAGUUUUGCACAUUUAUUUUUAAUUCGGUUUUAAUUUUCAUUUUUCAACAUCUUGGGAUGAUUCGGGAGUUCCAAGUGUUUUGCUUGUGUUGUUUAUUUUUUGAUAAGGGGCCCUGCUUGCUAUUUCUGCUAUUUUAGUGAACCAUGAAUUCGGAUUGGUUUUGGAGUUAGGUAGAAAUUGUCUCAAUUAGAAAUUUAGAUAGGGCUAGAUUUUGAGAGUAUAGGGAUGAGCCCUAAGUGUAUAGUCGGAUGGAGUAUCCUUUUGAUUAGGGAUUUUGAGUCUGGAUUGGGCGUUCCGGGUUUGGGCAGGCGUUCUGAGAUAGGCGGUGCUGAAUUUGGUUUAAUCAUCUAGGGUUUAGUUGGGUGGUCCUCAGUCAGGCUGGGAAGUUAUGAGUUUGAUUGGAUGGUCCUGAGGUUGGUUAGAUGGUCUUGAGUUAGAUUGCAUGGUCUAGAGUUUAGGUGGGCGGCCCUGAAUAUGGUUGGAAUGGUCUGAGUUUGGCUGGAUGGUCCUGAGUUUGGCUGGAUGGUCCUGAGUUUGGCUGGAUGGUCCUGAGUUUGGCUGGAUGGUCCUGAGUUUGGCUGGAUGGUCCUGAGUUUAGCUGGAUGGUCCUGAGUUUGGCUGGAUGGUCCUGAGUUUGGCUGGAGAGUUUUGAGUUUGGCUGGAUAGUUUUGAGUUUGGCUGGAUAGUUUUGAGUUUGGCUGGAUAGUGCUGAAUUUGGCUGGAUAGUGCUGAAUUUGGCUGGAUAGUGCUGAAUUUGGCUGGAUGGUCCUGAAUUUGACAGGAUGGUCCUGAGUUUGUUUAGGUAUGUUAUAUUCUGUGGGAUUGUUUCAUUCCGCGAGACAUUUUCAUUCUGAGGAACAGCUCGAUUAUUAGUGCCUCGUUAUUGCUGGGUGAUUGGCCGAUCGCAAGGUGCUGGUUGAUUUGAAUGACUAGUUGAUUCUGAGGCACUGGUUGAUUCUGAGGUACUGGUUGAUUCUGAGGCAAUGGUUGAUUCUGAGAUACUAUUUGAUUCUCAGAUACUAGUUGAUAGGGAGGGAGUUUGGUUGAUUCUGAGCGGUUGGUUGAUUCCGAGAGGACGGUUGAUUCCGAGAGGACGGUUGAUUCCGAGAGGAUGGUUGAUUCCGAGAGGACGGUUGAUUCCGCGAGAAAGGAUGAUUCUGAGAGGGGGGUUGAUUCUGAGAGGGUAGUUGGUUGUGAGUGGUUGGUUCAAAAAAGUGGUUCCAAUUCCAUACAUUGCAUCAUCUCCUUUAUGUACUUCUAAUCCCGUAAAUUGCUUCUAAUCCCGGAAAGUGUUCCUAUUCGAGGAAAGUGUCAACCAUUCCCGAAACGAGUUUCCAUUCCAGGAAAGUGUUUCCAUUCCGGAGAAUCUCUCAUUCAAGAAAAGUGCUCCCCUUUUAGGAAGGAUCUCCUACUUCAGAGCAAUGAUUCUCUUUCAGGAAAUGACUUCCGUCUCGAGAAAGUGUUUCUUUUGAGAAGGUGGUGCAAUAUCUGGGAAGUGUCCACUACUAAGAAGAGCUUACUUUCGUUCCCAAAACCGCGCAUUUUAAGGAAAAGUGUUGCUGGUUCGAAGAAAUGCUUUUGUUUGACGAGAGUGUCCACUAGCAGAAGGCGCCGCCUCUAUUUGAAGCAGAUAGUCUUACCAUUCCGAAAAGGAGAUUUUUGCAUUCCUGCAUGGUGCUUGCAUUCUUAGAAGGUUAUAUGAUUCAAGAAAAAGACAGGUAUUUAGAAAGGAGGUGAGGACUUGGUGAGACCUCGGUUUUCAACUAAAAAGGCACUCGCUUUUCAGAGAGACCCUUCCUCCACUCCGAAUAUAUUUCAUUUCAAGAAAGUUUUUUAUUAUUCCUAGUAACUCUUUCAUUUCACUUUGAGUUGGCGCCGCAUAUUUCUAGAUGAGGUUAAUAUGCAGAAAAUAUGUGUGCACUUUUCCUCUGUCUCCCCUUGGUAUUUGGGGAAAGUCAGUUACUAAGGACAUCUUGAAGGUUAUACAAAUAUAUGAUUAUGUUCCUAUGAAGAGAUAUAGGAGGAUUAAUAUGGUAGGUUCAGUAGUUUAGUAGAACCAUCCACAUCCAGGAAGCGAAGUGCAAAAAUUUGUUAGCAGAAGGCUUUAUGAAUAUCAGCGCAAAAGGUCUGUAGGGAGGUGAUCUCAUAAAUCUAGUUUGAAAUAAACAAUCCAUAGUAAUAAGUGCGUGUAUUCUUAGACCUUGAAGACGGAGAUGUCGUAAUCCUCUGAGGACGUGCAAAUAUAGGCUUCACAGAGUCGAUUAUGACAUUGAUAUUGAAAGACAAGAUUUUCCUCCACUUUGCUGUGGUCUUUCCGCAUUUUUCACUGUAGUUUACCUGCCAUUUCCAUUGUAACCUCUCUUUUUGUAGUUCACAGCCUUCUUGACUAUAAUCUUCCAGCUUAAAACCAUAGACUUUUAUCCUUUUUAAUUAUAGUCUUGCGUCGCUUUUGAUCAUAGCCCUCCGGCCUUUUGAAAAUAAUCUUCCAGUCUUUUGAUUAUAGUUUGCUUGCCCUUUGACCAUUGUCGUCCAGUCUUUGGGCCAAAAUCUUCCGGUUUUUUCCCCAUAAUUUUUUGGUCUGACCAUAGUCUUCCGGCUUUUUGACGCUAGUCUUUCGGUCUUUCGACUAUGCUUUGCGUUCCUUUUGGCUAUAGUUUUGACUAUAAUCUUCGGUCAUGUUGACUAUAAUCUUCGGUCAUUUUCACCAUAGUCUAUCAGCCUUUUGGUCAUAGUCUUUCAGCCUUUUGGUCAUAGUCUUUCAGCCUUUUGACCAUAGUCUUUCCGCCUUUUGUUGACCGCAGUUUCCUGGCCUUCUGACACAGUUUUCUGGUGUUCUGGCGUUUUGACCAUAGCCUUCUAGCUUUCUGAGCAUAGACUUUUGGACUUUCGCCCAUAGUCUUCCGGGCUUUCGUCCAUAGUCUUCAAGCCUUUCAAUCAUAGUCUACCAGCGUUUUGACCAUAGUCUUGCGCCCCUCCGGGCUUUCCGAUGAUAGUCUACCGCCCUUUGUGGCUAUAGGUUUUCGGUCUUUUCUGCUUAGUAUUUCUGGUUUUUGCAUUAAGGAAGGGGCGGACUGCUCUCUUGACGGGAGAAUGUCUCCUAGGAUUUUUCCGACCCCAGUGCUAUCAUCAAUUUAUUUAUUCAAUGGAAGCUGUAAAGUUAGAUCUAAGGAUUGAAUUUGAACGCUGAGUAUUCAAAAGAGUUCGAAGUCAAUAUGCCGUUUAGUCUUAAGUCAGUAAGUUGGAAACCACGACUAAGGGACGUCCAUUUAUAGUAAGCAGGUGCUCUGCAGCUAGUUCAUUACUAAUAACGAAGAAACCUCAAACCAUGCAAACCAGUACGAUUAUCGAUAAAUCCAUAUUUGAAAACAGAAUAUUUGAAUUUAAUUUUUCUAUAACUAAUUUUGAAGGGAUGAAUAAAUUUAAUACAAAAAUCUUCCA